AUGGCGCCCUUCUCGGGGUCUGAUGCAGACCAUUUCAAGGACAAGGCGCGGAGGGAUCUCCUAACCCUCCUGGAAAGCGUCCGGGGAAAGAAGAACCUCGUCAUAAGCCAGGAGCUGGCUGGUCCAGUGGGGCUAUUCGUCAAGUUCUCCGAGCUCCAAGACUAUGGAGUCCACCGAGUCUUCUAUCUGGAGAAUGCGAACAUUGACUCAUCACAACGCAAUGUGGUAUUCCUAGUCCGUGGCGAGAAGGCUCGCCACGUUCGAAUUGUGGCAGAACAGAUCAAGCGCUUGCAGAAUAACGGCAACGUUGAGCAUGAGUUCUCGAUCUUCUUCUCGCCAAGACGGACCCUCGUAGGCAAUGCGGUAUUGGAAGAGGCCGGUAUCACCGGCGAUGUGAACAUUGCCGAGUUCCCACUACUGUUCAUGCCUCUAGAACAAGAUAUCUUGUCGCUGGAACUAGAUGAUUCUUUCAGUGAUCUGUACUUGCACAAGGACCCAGGAUGCAUUUUCCAUGCCGCAAAGGCUCUUAUGAGUAUCCAACAGCGCCACGGCUAUUUCCCACGAAUUGUCGGCAAAGGUGAUAAUGCCCGCCGCUUGACAGAUUUGCUGCUGCGCAUGAGAAAAGAACUCGAUGCAGAGGAAAGCUCUGGGCUGGCUGAUCCAUCAGCACGGGGAUUAUUGCCAAGCCCCAAUGUAGAGAAUUUGAUCAUCAUAGAUCGCGAUGUUGACUUUGGCACUGCUCUCCUCACGCAACUCACAUAUGAAGGGUUGAUCGAUGAGUACGUUGGUAUCAAGAACAACCAGGCAGAUGUCGACACUAGCAUCGUCGGUCCUGCAUCUGCACCUCAGCCGCAAGAAUCUUCCAAGACACCCCAGCAGCAUGGCCCACCUAAACGAAAAGUCCAGCUGGAUGCCUCAGACCAGCUAUUCAAUCAGCUUCGAGACGCGAACUUUGCAAUCGUCGGUGACAUAUUGAAUAAGGUUGCGCGUCGUCUGGAGAAUGAAUAUGAGGCCCGCCACACGGCCAAAACAACCGGUGAACUGCGAGAGUUCGUGAACCGGUUGCCAACAUACCAGGUGGAGCACCAGAGUCUCCGAACCCACACCAACCUAGCAGAAGAGAUAAUGCGACUUACUCGCUCCGAAACAUUCCGCAAGACUUUAGAAGUCCAGCAGAACAACGCUGCCGGCGCAGAUUCGACAUAUCAGCACGAGACCAUCGAAGAACUCAUUGCCCGAGACGUUCCUUUAAAAACCGUUCUCCGGCUGCUAUGUCUGGAAUCUUGCAUGUCAGGAGGUCUCCGCCCACGCGACUUAGAAAACUUCAAACGACAAAUCGUCCAAGCAUACGGUCACCAGCACCUUCUCACAUUCUGGGCGCUGGAAAAGAUGGAACUGCUUCAGCCCCGAUCUCCAGCAACAACCAUGCUUCUACCAACAUCGGGCGCACAGGCCGGCACCAAGACGAACUACGGCUAUUUGCGCAAGAAUCUUCGCCUUGUCAUCGAGGAAGUAAGCGAGAAAGACCCCAAUGAUAUCUCCUACGUGUACAGUGGCUUUGCACCACUAAGCGUCCGAUUGGUGCAAUGUGUUCUCCAAAAGUCAUACAUGGUCUCGCUCAUCAAAGGUGGCACACCGGCUGCUGCGCUCAACAAUGCCAGCACAAUGUCCCCCGGCUGGCUUGGGUUCGAGGAUGUUGUCAAGAGUGCGCGUGGUGCGACUUUCAGCAUUGUGCAGAAAGGCGAUGACAAGGCUGUUCGAGCCCGUCAGACGCUCAGCGGGAACUCGGGAACGAAGACUGUGUAUGUCUUCUUCUUGGGUGGCAUUACGUUUACGGAAAUUGCUGCCCUGCGCUUCAUUGCUGCACAGGAGGCACCGAAGAGGAAGAUUGUUAUCUGCACUACGAGUAUCAUCAGUGGUGAUCGGAUGAUGGAGGCAGCUAUCGAGAAGGGUAGCUUUGGUCCGGCCAACGCUAGUAAAUAG